CGCACCAGCAGCAGUACGUGAACGGGCUGCCAGGGGCUGCUGCGGUUCUCUUCGUCCGUAGUGGGAAUGUUUCCCUGGACUCCUCCAUGAUGGACCCUGACUGGAACCUUUCUGUUUUUAUUCCAACAGAGCAUCCAGAGCUUCUAACAGGAACUUCCUCCACUUUCUCUGCUUUUAUUCAGACGGAUGGUGUUAGCCCCUGUUUAAGCUAGCGGCACAUUUCCGGGGAGUGGGUGUUUUUAUCUCACUUAACUGGAGUUAGCGGGACUCUUUAGGAAUAAAUAUGUUUUUAUUCACUGGUAAAGAGUAAUGCUGGGUAAACGGGAAGGACUAAUCCGCUUUGGGAGGAAAAGCAUCAACAUCCAGGAGAAAAUGGGACUGAGAGAUGAUGAGUGAAGUGCUGUGGUUCCUCUCCUGGCUGCCUCUGGUCCUGACAGCUGUGAGCGAGCUCCCACCGCCCUCCGAGGUCAGGGUGACUCUGGAUCAUUCAGGUUACUUCCUGAGAUGGGAACGCGGGGCAGGAGCUCCGCCUGAAACCUCUUUCCGUGUUCAAACCCAAAGGAAUAAUAAAAAGUGGGAACCAGUAUCCGGCUGCCAGCAGGUCCAGAAACUGCUGACCUGCAACCUGACUGAGGCGUUCCAAGAAUACACAGAGACCUUUAAAAUCCAGGUGGAAGCUCAGCUGAAGGGCCAGAGAUCCCAGCCUGCCGUCCUUAAAGAUUACAAACCUUUGGCUCACCUUCCUCCGCCCGAGAUCGAAGUCACGCUCUGCGGCUCCAUCUUCUGCGUGGAACUUCUGCCUCCGUACCGGAACCUCUGGGAGAUUUAUAACAGAAUCCGUUACGAGAUCCGGGUUGACCAUCAGGACCCCCAGGAAUUCUGGAGCCUGAAUCACGACGUGUCGAACCUGGCCCUGGACAGAACGCACUGCUUCUCCUUCCGCAUCGCUGACAAAUUACUUGCCUUGGAGUCCAACUUCAGCCAACCUGUUUGCAUUUACCCAGCGUGGAAACUUCCCUCAGACUCGCUGAUCGCCUGCUUGCUGUGUUUAUUGCUGCUGGUUUUGGUCGCCAUCUUGGCUCUGCUGACCUGGACCGGUUCCAUCUGUCCAUCCGUCUGUCUGAAACGGAACCUGAUGCCGUCGGUCCUGACCUCCAUCAGUACCUUGCAGGAAGGGCUGGUUUCCCCCUGGAGAUGCUCUCUGUCCAACAUCAGGUUGAUGGCGCCCCCUGCAGGCAGCAGCCGUACCUCCAGUCGCUUGUUGCUGGAGGGAACGGAUGAGGAGUCCAGCUAUGCGACCUCUGGUAUGACCUCUUUGUGGGCCGGUUACGCGCAGCGGGCCGGCGCCAACCCUCUCUCCUCCUCAUCCUCAUCUUCAUCCUCAUCUUUAACUUCCAAAGCGAAAUCUCGGUCGGGCUCCUGCUCCAAUCGGACGCCGGAAACCUCGGCGCCGCAGCCUGUGGAUCAGGCUGUUUCAGGAGCUCCGGCUGUAGCUGAACAGAACCCUGUGAGCUCUGACUGUUUGAUAGGAGGAGCAGAGGAGGAGGAGGAGCAGGAGCAGGAGGAGGUGAUGAAUGUUGGACAGGAUGUCAACCUCCUCAGUUUAACAUUCGGUCAGCCGGAGGAGGAGGAGGAAGAUGAGCAGCACCAUUUAGAGGAGCUCAGCGCUCUGGAGCAGCCGGUUCUGCCGCCGCCGCCUCCUGCCUCCGCGGCGUCCUCCUGGACGGACGAAGAACAAUCAAACUUCGACGGCGACUACAUGUGCAGAGCCUGAUGGGUUCUGCGAUGUUUAAAUCGGGCCCAAAUCCGCUCAGUCAGACCCAGUUCUGGAACAUCAUUCCCACAGACAGUUCAACAUCC